GCGAGUCACACGUCAACACAGAGGAGCUUGCGCUCUUGCGUGAACUGACAUAAACGCACAUAUUGAUAUCGGUAGCCGGUGUUUUCUCAUUGGAAUUCGGUGAACUUGUCUAAAAAGAGUUACAGAGGGGUUGUAAAGCAGGUCAUUGUAUUUGCAACAGGCCCUUGAGUGAACGCGCAAAAAGAUGUCUACUACAGCCACCGAGAUGCCGGCCACCUCGCCCUCGGCCGACUCGGGAGUCGUGGACGCGUUCUCCGCCCUCAGUCCGGAGGAGCAGGAGCGGCAGCGCGAGGAGUGGAAGCAGGACCUGGCCAGGAUUGAGGAGGACAUUGUGCUGAUGCGUGAGACGCUGUCGGCCAAGAUUAAGGAGGCGCAGGAGCUGAAGCACAAGCUGGGCAUCACCAUGUGGAGCGAGUUCACCGACGACGUCAACCAGGGCCUGAAAAACGUCCGAGAGUCACAGGCGUAUCAGGCGGUGGCAGGGAAACUGGAGCAGGCGCAGCACACGCCAGCCUACCAGCGGACCGAGGCGGCGCUCAAGACCACCACGGAGAAGGCGUCCGGUCUGCUGGCCGGCCUGGGCGCCAAGCUGACCGAGGCGCGCGACUCGCCCACCGUCAAAUCACUCGAGGAGCGCGUCGGCACCAUGGUCACCACGGUCAAGAACUGUGUUCCGAUGCCCUCGGCGCUGCAGAUGAGUCUCGGCCCGGCUAACCAGUACAUGCCGCCGGCUCCUGCUGCUGCUCCUACCGACCCGCCGCCGUCCUCGGGCGACCAGCUCCAGUGACCUGCUCCUCAGGAGCCUCUGUCGUGCCUCCGCUCCUCUACCCAGCAAAGUGACCUCGUCGCGCAGCAACUCGACCCAGUCGUUUGACGAGGCGCUGAAGGAGGCGGAGGCGGCCAAACGGCAGGCCGAGAGCGCGGCGCCGCCGCCCACAGUGACCGAGGAGAAGACGCCGCAGUAGGGGCGCCGCCUGUCGACCGGCGUCGGAAGCUCAGCUUCGCCCGCGGACCGCCGCCGCGGCGCACUUCAAGUGCGCGCCAUUCCUCUCGGCGUGAGGCCGUCUGAACCUGUGGCUCCGGUGGGCGGUGGUGUGGUCAGCGCGCACCGAACGCGACUCGUCUGGAUUCUGUCGGGAUAUGUGGCAAAUUGCGUCGCUUGGGGUCUAUAUUUACACACGAAUGGUGGGCUCUGGCGGGCGGGCAUUCGCGGAUGUAACAUCUCUCUCUCUCACAAAUGCGUGUGAUCAGGCGGGGCUCUGUCGAAUGCGUGGCUCUUCUGUAGCGGUUGGAGUCUUUGCACAGCACCCCGGGGUGCGGGUGGGCAGUUAUUUAUGAAGACUUAUAUUUUAUCGUGCUGCUGACGAUCUGAGACACUACUUCGGCACAGGGUGUGUGAGCUGAUGCGGCGCGUGCAUGUCCCGAACACCGGGCGCCGGAGAGCGUGAAAUGGCGAUCCGAAGCGUCGCCCCCGCCUUCUUUGUUUGGUACUCGGCGUUCGUGCUUGGUCAUGUGGGUAGUAUGUGAUAGAGAAUGGUAUUCAAUAAAACUCCUAAACCGC